CUUCAUAAACUCCACAACUGAAGAAAACAACAACGAAAACCCUUUCUCUAGUCACUCUAAACCCUAAGUCCAAUCGUGAUCUCCGAUGGCGAGCCUUCGAUGCCUUCGCGAGCUAAGCCGCCGCGCCACGACGGUUCUCUCGAUCAACCAGACGCCAUUGAUCUCUUCACUUCCGAUCUCAGAGCCUUGCGGUACCACCAUUACUCAUGCGACCCCUCGAUCUCUCACCAGAGAUCUCCCAUGGUGCAAUCUCAGCUCUCGCUCCCAAGGUCGCCAUUUCUCUUCGAAAGCAAACGAUACUGACGAAAGCAGCGAAGGAGAAGACGACGAUGAGGAGGAUUACGAGGAUUCAGCGGAGAUGGAAGUAGAAAGGGAAUAUUCACCGGCGGAGAAAGUGGAAGCGGCGGCGGAGAUAGGGUACAAAGUGAUGGGACCUCUCAAACCUUCGGAGAGACUAUUCAAACCCUAUGAGCCAGUGUUCGCCGUUGUUCAGAUUGGUUCGCAUCAGUUCAAAGUGAGCAACGGAGACUCCAUCUUCACAGAGAAGUUGAAGUUCUGUGACAUCAAUGAUAAGUUGGUACUGACUAAGGUUCUUCUACUGGGGUCUGCAAGCCAGACGAUUAUCGGUAGGCCUAUCUUGCCUGAUGCCACUGUUCAUGCUGUAGUGGAAGAGCAUGCAUUGGAUGAAAAGGUGCUCAUUUUCAAAAAGAAACGAAGGAAGAAUUAUAGGAGAACCACAGGGCAUCGACAGGAAUUGACGAAGUUGAGAAUAACCGAUAUACAAGGAAUUGAGAAACCAGAACCGACGAUUGUCCAUAAGCCUUCCAAGGCAGCUGAUACAGAGCAACCAGAGGCUGAGUUAGUUGGUUAGAGAGAAGCAUUUCUUUUUGUUGUUGUUGUUGAAAUUGACAAUACUUUGAAGUGAAAGUUCAUCUAUCAUUUGCCAAUUUGGGCUUCCCCAUUUCUGAAGUUUUUCUCUUAGGAGUAGUCUGUGAAAGAACGAAAAGGCCUUCUUGGUAGUAAGUGGUAAUGACUAGGCUCCUAAGAUGUGAACGUGAUUGCCUUUAGUUAUCUCGUUCAUCUGAUUUUGCUCUUUUUUUGUAUUGGAACUGGCUCAUGCUUUGAAACUGUUUUACACAAAUAAAAAACAAUGGUUGCACUA